CACUUCUCUUCUCUUCUCUUCUCUUCUCUUCUCGCCUCUUCUCUUCAUACCUACUAGGUAGAUGGAUAUGAUGAAGAUAUACUACAUGUAUAACAUUUCCAAUUCUUCUCCUUACUUAUUACCCUUCGCCCCAUCCUCGUAUUUCAAUGACACGCAAUAUGCGACCGGACUCCGUGAUAGACGGAUGGAAAUGUCUCAAUAUCUCAACAUAGAAAGUGCUUACAGAAGCAAGCUCAAUGAUUGGUUCAUUCUCCCCGCAAUCCAAAUCAUUGACGCCAUUAUACUACUUUUAAUCGUACUACAAACAAGUUGGCGAUCUAUCAAUCCAUGUAAUGUAUGUAUAUUUUUUCAUGCUGCCUUGGAUCUUAUAAGUACCAGGUAUUUAUAUAGGUAGGACAUAUACUACCCGAUUAUCUUUUUUUCAUUUUCAUUUUCAUUUUCAUUUUCGUUUUUUAUCUCAAUCUUCAUCUCAGUCUGGAAUCCAUACAUCCAAGCAUUUGAGAAGAACUACUCAAUUUCAGAGCAUCAAUAAUAUGGCUUCCUCAACAGGAAUACCACAAAAUCCUCGAGUAGCUGCAGGAGAACUCCCAGAUCCUUACGAAGCUGGUUAUGGAGAAGAUGAGCCUUUAAUCGGAAGAGCCGGCGAUGCAUCACAACAAGAAGGACGUCCACUCUACUGGAAUCUUGCACUUGGUACAGCAAUCAUAACUCAAGUUGGACUUCUCCUCCUCGUAGCUCAUAUCUGGGCCAGCAUAUUUCUCUACCCAUUAAUGCUCUUCUCAGCACAUCCUCUUCUCAAUUCUGCCGCCCUCUUGGUUCUUACUCAAGGAAUCCUCAUUCUACAACCUACACAUACCGCUACACAGAAACGUCAGGGUACAAUCGCACAUGCGGGAAUAAAUGCAUUAGCUGGUAGUCUUCUAAUCGCCGGCCUUGUCGUUAUCGAAGUCAAUAAAUUCGCACACAAUGGAACACAUUUUGAAUCAGCUCAUGCUAUUCUGGGUUUGAUAACUUAUAUACUCCUCUUAAUUCAAUCCCUAGUCGGCUUCACACAAUACUUCACCCCCUCUCUAUACGGCGAUAUUUCAACCGCAAAAUCCAUCUAUAAAUAUCAUCGAUUAAGUGGAUACCUCGUUCUUCUCCUAAUGCUGGCUACAAUCGCCGCGGCGACGUGGACACCUUUUAAUGUUAACGCAUUGCAUAUUAAGAGCUGGGCCGUUAUUGUUUGUGCUGUAUUGGUCUUGAUUGGGAUUAUUCCACGAAUUAAGAAACAGAAAUUAGGUUUGGGAUCCUCUAGAUAUUGAAGUAUUUUAGUGGCGGGACAUGCAUCUUGUUUCAGCAAGGAAAUGGACAUGACUUUCUCGAUUAACCGGGGGCUUUAGGUAAUGAGAGGGACAAGAGAAGGUGUAUAAUGAUUUGUGUGUCAUGACAUACAUGCACGAGUACACGACGAUGAUAAUUUUGGGGGGUUCGGCUUUUCGGCGUAUGGAUGGCGUUUGAGUGGCGAGUGGACUAUAAGUUGUAUUGAAAGCAGAUGUAUCGGAUAUGAAUCCAAAUCUCAGAUUGGGAAUUUAGUGGCUCAAUUCAUUUUCAACUCAUUCUAUCUCUAACAAUAUAAUUUAUCACAAUCACAUAUCCGACCAUUAUAUAUACUACCUAGCCCCUAGCCUUUGAUGAUAGCGUACUAGACUUUAGCAAAUUGCUGAAUACGUUUCAUUAUACUGACUCUCCCAUCUCUCUUCUCUCGUUUAUCUCAUAUCAUUCCAUUAAUGUGGUUUAUCAUCGAGUGAGCCAUAUUAUUGAG